CCUUGGUCUCUCUCUCGCUCUCGCUCUCGCUCUCUUUCCCUUGGUAGCUGGAAUACCGGGUGAGAGUCCUGUUGCUGUCCUGACCUUGCCUGCGCCCUCCUCCUGAUUUUUACUCCAUCCAACUCUUCUUCUUUUUCUGGUACUACACCAAGUAUGGAGAAUAACCAGCCCACUGAUCUCAAACCUGAACCAAACCAAGCACUCCCACCUGCAAAUAGCACUUCAACAUCACCUAAUCAGAAUGGCCUUGAAAAACAAAACAGUGAGAAAUCCUCUCCCAAGCCCCAGCCCCCAGAGAAUGAAACAAGUGCUCAGCCUGAAACAACAGUUUGUGACAUAUCUGAAGAGCUGAGCCGACAGCUGGAGGACAUUAUUAAAACCUAUGGGUCUGCUGCUAGUCUAGUGGAGAAAGAGAGAGCUGCUAAAGGAACUGACAAGCCUGAGAAGGGAGAAUCAUUCAAUAACGAGGACGGAGACUAUGACGAUGCAAAUGACGAGAGUGAGAAAGAGCAGAUAGCUACCGGGGAUGCCUCGGGAGCAAAGGAAUCCAGCAUCAAUAAGGAGCAAAAACUGGAAAAGAAAAUCCUGAAAGGGCUAGGGAAGGAAGCCACGCUGCUGAUGCAAAGCUUGAACAAGCUGAGUACUCCAGAAGAGAAGCUGGACAUGUUAUUUAGGAAGUAUGCUGAGAUGCUGGAAGAAUAUCGUGCUGAGCAGAAAAAGCUGAAGUAUCUACAGAAGAGACAAGCUCAGAUUGUCAAAGAGAAGGACCAGCUGCAGAGUGAGCACAGCAGAGCCAUCCUUGCCCGCAGCAAACUUGAGAGUCUCUGCCGGGAGCUCCAGAGACACAACAAAACCCUCAAGGAGGAAACUCUUCAACGGGCACGGGAGGAAGACGAGAAGAGAAAAGAGAUCACUAAUCAUUUCCAGGGCACACUGAGUGAUAUCCAGACUCAGAUUGAGCAGCAAAGUGAAAGGAACAUGAAACUAUGCCAGGAGAACACAGAGCUGGCCGAGAAACUGAAAAACAUCAUUGAUCAGUAUGAACUCAGAGAGGAGCAACUUGAUAAAAUAUUUAAGCACAGAGAACUUCAACAGAAACUGGUGGAUGCCAAGUUGGAGCAGUCACAGGAAAUGAUGAAAGAAGCGGAGGAGCGACAUGAACGAGAAAAGGAAUAUCUACUGACUCAAGCUGCAGAAUGGAAGCUCCAGGCAAAAAUGUUGAAGGAACAGGAGACCGUACUACAGGCCCAGCUCACUCUCUAUUCUGAAAGGUUUGAAGAAUUUCAGAAAACACUGACAAAAAGCAAUGAGGUAUUCGCCAGUUUCAAACAGGAGAUGGAGAAAAUGACAAAGAAGAUGAAGAAGCUGGAAAAGGAUACAGCUACAUGGAAAGCCAGGUUUGAGAACUGUAAUAAAGCUCUACUGGACAUGAUUGAAGAGAAAGCAAUGAGGGCUAAGGAGUAUGAGUGCUUCGUGCUGAAAAUCCAGAGGCUAGAGAACCUUUGCAGAGCGCUGCAGGAAGAGAGGAAUGAACUGUACAAAAAAAUUAAAGAAGCAAAAUUCACUAAUGAGGAAGAGGAGGAUGAGGAGGAUCGAAAUGAUGACAUCUUGGGAAAAGAGGCUGGUGCAAGCCCUUCUGUUACUGAACAGGAUAGUGCAGAGCUGUCCAUUAUUGAUGAGAACAUCCUGAAGAAUCUAGCUGCAGCAUUCAUGGUGACCCAUCACAUGCAGGAUCCCCUCACAGUCUCCAGUGAGAACAGUAAUCCAGAGCCAGCUGACCUUCAAGCAUGCAGUCCUGUUUGUCUCACAGAGCCAGAGCUUCCUUCCCAUCCCAUCUCUCAGCCAGAGGCAGGGAAACCCUCUGGGCUGCUGAGUCUUGCUCUGAAAUCCACUGAAAAAUGUGAAGGAGCCCCAGCAGAGCAGCCUGCUCAAGAUCAGCCCACAGAGCAAACAGUAGAUGCUGACAUGGAAGGAGUAGAUUAAAUAUAACACUGUUUUCUGGCUUGUCUUUCUACCAAUCACAGCUCCAUUUUCUCCCAAAAUUGAUUUUCUGAAACAAAAACAAACAAACAAAAAUAGGGCCUGAAAACAUGCUCAAACGUGUUUUAUAGCAGUGUGUAAUGCAUCUUACCUCUUCACCACCACCACGCACUAAUAAUGGGUUUGCUAUUUUGGCUGUCCCUCACGUAUGCAAAGCAUAAUAUUUUCUUAAUGUCAGCAAAAUGUAACAAAAUUACAGAAUCUUCUUUCCAGGCAUAAUAAGUCAUCUCACUCAACAAAAUCCAGGCAAACUGUUGAGGUUUCAUGUUUUAAGAAUUGUUGCAAUACAGAUACACAUUUUUUAAAGCUACAUAAUUAAACAUAUCAAUUUGGCUGGAUGUUGCACAAAACAUGCCCUGUUUAGAGGCCAGGUGAGCUUAAUAAAUGAGGUGAUCAGGAUUUGUGAUCAUAGCAGAAGCAUUGAUAGGGUAAAUUGAAGCAAUUAAGAAGUACAAUAAUGGCACAUUUUUGCAAAAGUUACCUGCACAAAUCACUAACUUGCUAUUGGAAAUUUUGUAUCUAAACACCCACACACAACUCCAAACAUCUACCCCUAAUUGCCAUCUCUGUUCAGUGCUGUGAUUAUGUCAUUGCUUUUAACAGAACCAUAAUGAAAGGGAAAAAUUCUUCGCGAGAUGCCUCAUAAUAUUGCUGUUUUAAUCUUUAGGGACAGAUCCUGGCUUUUAAGCAAUAGAGACUGUGUCUCAGGCAGGUAUACUCUCUCCCCAUAUUUCUCUUUGUGCACAGGUGGUGUACAGUCUGCUCUGUGCACAGAUUGCUCCCAGAAGCAUAAGCCCUGGUGUUUAAGCUGUCGCAGUCAAGAAUGGGAACUGGGCUAUGCUGCUUCCUCUUCACUCCCUUUUUGGUAUCCUGCUCCCCAGAGUAGAACAAAAGCAAACAAUCCCUGUGCUUCCCUGAUUGCCAGGAAUGCAGAACAUGGGAGAGGAAAGGUUGCUUGUGCUCCUCUACCCUUCUGCAAGCCCACCCAAGGGCCCCUCACACUCUGGUCCUUACUACUUUAGCCAGCUUCUGUGUGUCAUCCAGAGGUGAAAGUAAGCCAGUAUGGUCCGGUACAACAUACCAGCAAGAGCAAGUACACCGUGCCAGUCCGCACCAG